AUGCUUUCAAAAAAAAAAAUAUGUUUAUGGAUAAAUUAUAUUUAUAAUGAAAACUUCGAAAUGUUUUCAUGUUUUUCAGAACUUAUUGCUGACAAUGAAAUAUUUGAUAUUAAAAAAAUAAAAGACAUAAUAUUACUUCAUCUCGAAAAUUUUAAAAACCAUUUUAACACACGGUUUGAAAAGUUUCCAGAAAAAAAGUUGGGAUGGAUAAGAAAUCCAUUUUCUAUUAAUAUAAAUGAAAUGAAUUCUGAAUUAACUUUAGUUAUGAACGAGGAAUUAAUUGAGUUAUCUGCCGAUGAAAAUCUGCGUAUAAAAUUUAAUGAAACUACAAGUGAUAAAUUUUGGAUUUCUAUAAAAUCAGAAUACCCAAAAUUGUCAAAAGUAGCUGUAUCAACACUUCUGCCAUUUGCAACCACUUACCUUUGUGAAAGGUAA